AUGCGGCCUCCCCCCGAGCACGCGGCUCGCAGACUGCCGGGCGGCUCGCACAGCCGCGAACGCUCCCGCCCACGCGCGGCCCGAGGCUCGGAGCUGCCAGCACCGGGCGGACCCUUAUACGACAGCACUUUCCCAGGUUACCCCGCGCCACUCCGCCUGGCGCCCGAGCGGGCGCCGUUCCCCCUCCCCUACGUCGGGGGCCGUGGGCGAUGUGCUCGCCGCCCACUGAAGCGCGCACUUUGCCUCGCGCAUGCUCCUCUCGACUCCGACGACGACGAGCGCGAGUGGGUGGAGGACGGGCGCGCGAACGCACUCGGUUCUAGGAAGACAGGAAAAUUGAGAGAGUGUGACUCCAAAGCUACCCCAGAUAAUGGCAAGUUUUCCCAAGGCCCUGCGGUUGCAGAGGCGGGUAGACACCGCACGAAGGAUCCUUUUUGGAAACAGCACCUGAGGAACAGCAACGCCGCAGGGCCCGGCAGAGCGGCACUGGGGCCCAGAAGAUCGAACCAGGGCGCUAGUCCUGACUCCCCGCAGCAGGCCGAGGCAGCCUGGCAUAAUGGAAGGAGCAGCUGGCAUUGCAGUCAGAUCGUCAGGGACGUGGCCCCUGCCCCGAAGCUCAGCGCUCGUGGGAAGAACACUGGCCUUAAAGAAGAGCUGAAGUAUAUUCCCAGCCAUAAAAUGGAGAAGAACCAUUUUACUUCUCUGAUCUUGAAUAAAUCACCUCUGAGCUCAUUGUCUUACUAUAAAAUAUCUAGUAGCACCUAUGUCACAAAACUGAUCAUAAGAGUGAAAUGAGAUAAAAGCCUGAAGAUGCAGGCUGUUGUUACAAUAUUAGUGCUCAUUAUAAUUAGGAAAUAAUCAUUAGCUCUUUCCAAAAACAAGAAAGAUAAAUCAGUUCAAAAUACUUAUGCAAAAAUGAAAAUUGUCAUUAUUCAUCCUAAUAAUGAGUACUUUAAGUCCAUUUCAUUUAAGUAUUAGAACUAGAGACUCACUAAUCCAUGUGACACACAGUAUUUGUGUGUGUUCUUUCAGGGGCAGUGACUUUCCAGUCAUGGCAUUCGGGUAAUUGUUCUGGACUUCAGAGGUCGGUCUUUAUUCAUCCAUCUGCAAACAUUCAUUGAGCAUCUACAGUGUGCCGGGUACUUAGCUAGACACAGAGGAGAUAAACACCGAUUACUGUUGGGCGGUGUGUGCAGCGGGCCCUGGAGAGGUAGGGAGAGGGAACACUGACAGUAAACGGGUGACCGAGGAGGGCCGAAUGCUGGAGCCAGGUCAGCCCAGGCUGCUCGGGGCACUCUCCGGGGACCCAGACUGGGCCAGGGGCUGAGGACACAAAGGGAAAACGCAGAGCGGGGAGGCUCUCCCUGCGGUUGGAAGGAGCCGUGGGAGUCAGCCAGCGGGAAGAAGCCAUGGAGGGUGGGUGUAUUUGUCCCAGAAAAGAACGUGGGAGGGAGAGUUUGGUGCUCCACAGAUAGGAACAGAGAGCCAGAUCGGUCUGUCUAGGGUGUUCACACCGAGAUUCCCGAGGAAGCAGUGAAGUGGGGCUGCGGGUGGAGGGCCUGGGAGCGUGUCUCCUGUCCAGCCGUAGUGGAAGUGUGGUUCUGGGCAAGUUACUUGGUUUCUUUAAGCUUCAGUUCCCUCAGAUCUAAAAAGAUAACACCUGCCCAUACGACGACUGUGAAAAUUAGAAAAGAAAAGCAGCUUAAGUGCUGAAGAUGGUUUCCUGCACUAAGAACAAGACUUGGCAGUGAGGGUUUGUAUUUUCCUUUCCACGUGUUUUUACCCAUUGUGUACGGUGGAUCGUGCUUUCAGAGUGAGGCAGCCCUAGAGUCAGAGAGCCGUCACUCAAAUCCGUUUGGCUCUGCCCCAGCUACUGAUGGGAGGCUUGGCAAGUGAUUUAACCUCUCUCAGCCCCAGUUUUCAGAUCUAUAAAGUGCAGAUGAUAAUAAGGAAUAUCUCCCCCAGAGGGUUGUGGUGAAGUUUAAAUAAGACGGUCAAUGUUAAGUACUUAACCCAGUGCCUGGCACCUGCUAGGCAUGCAAUACAUCUUAAUUGUUGCUUGUUAUUUUAUUUGUUCUUACUCAAAAGUUCUUAUUAACUGGAAUAGUGUCCUAGAAUGCAGUUUCUUUUCCAAGAAAAUUGUCUUGAGCUCUGUGUUUAACAUCCCUGCAUUUUAGGUUCACAUAUUAUUUUUUUAUUAAGGUACAUACAAUAAAAUGCAUGACCUUAGUGUAUAGCUCAAUUUUGACAUGUACAUACACUCAUGUGACCAUCACCCAGAUCAAGAUAUUAAACACUGUCACUAAUUUUUUUCCCCUCCACCUAUUUCACACACUCCUGUCGCCCGACCCCCAACUACAGUAACCACCAGUCUCUUCUCUUUGUCUAUGACUCAAUUUCUGUUUUCUUUUUAGAUUCCACAAAUAAGUAAAAUCAUACAGUAUUUGUCUUUCUCUGCCUUACUUUAGUAUUGCUUAUUAAUUUUCCUAAUAGCUCCACUUUCAGACUCUUAAAGAUGCCAUGUUUUAAAUAAUCAUAGUUAGAAAUGUUAAAGAAAACAGGUUUUUUAAACUAUGAUUUUUUUAAAAUUACAGGCAACAUGAACAGUCACUCCUAAUUCUAAAGUCCUGUCACAUCCUUGUACUUUUUUAGAUUAAAAGUCCUGUAUCAUUAAAAAUAGGUUUUUUUAGUAUAGUAUCUUGAAUUGUUCAUAUGUCGUCUGUUUUUUUAGUACAAUCUGCUUCCAAUAUUUCUACUAGCAAGCUGUUCUCACUGCAGAAAGAACUUUACAGACUUAUUUUUUAAAAACACUCAACUAUUUCAUAUGUCAUGAUUGUUAUAGAAACAGUAUGUCACACAAUCAUCAAUGAAAAGGGAAAACCAGGUCUCAAGAACUGGGAGACACUGUGAUAAGCUAUUAGAUCAUCUUUGUUUUAGAAUACACCCACUCAAAAUGAAAAAAGAAUCUCAAUGACAUCCUGUUAAUAAAAACUAUUGAGAACUCACUCCAGCAAUUAAAAUAUCUGUCACCUGUGGGUCUGCUGUGUAAUAAUUAUUAUGGCCCUUUUUUGUAUAGUACUGUUACUUCCAUACCUGAUUUCAUUAAUUCUAGUUGACAUGUGCCAACCUUUGCUAUCAAGGUCUACAAGAGUAAAUGCUCCGAGCUGGAUAAGAGUUUAGUCUCCGCUGGUAAAAUGCACUGAUUUUACAGGUAAGGAAAAGUGUCAGAAUGACUUGAGUGAUAUGCUCAGUACUCAUAUGGCCAAAGAUAGAGGCUGACCAUCCUACAGCCUCCAUUUUUUUGCCUCCAGUGGUUAGAAUCAGUACGGCUUAAAAACGCAUAUUUUAGAGCCUGACUAGCUAGGUUCAAAGUCCAGCUCUGGUAUUUACUACCUACGUGAUCUCAGACAUAUUACGUAACCUCUUGAAGUCUCAGCUUCCUCAUCUGUAAAAUGGGAUAACAAUACUGCUUAUUUACAGUUAUUUGGAAUAAAUAAGUCAAUAUGUAUUUUUAAUGGUCCUUACAUUCUCUAACCAAUAAA